GACAGGUGGCAAUUCGAUUUUCAAGUUAAAUUCUACCCUUAUGACAUGGAUGCCAUCAAAGAAGACCUCACUCGCUAUUAUCUUUGUCUUCAGGUUAGGCAGGAUAUAGUCAGCGGACAAUUGCCUUGCUCCUUCCACAUCUAUGUACUAUUAGGUGCCUACAUAGUACAGUCUGAGGCCGGGAACCACAGCCCUACAGAGCACGUCGACACAGAGUACAUCCGUGACCAGCCUUUUGCACCUCAACACCUACAAACUAAUGAAAUGCUUCAAAAAAUUGUUGAACUUCACAAGCUCAAUUAG